AUGACGUUGCAUGACAAGGCCAUGGAGGACACGGCGGCAUCCCGUCCACUUCUCGAUAAAGCGAGUGCGAGCCAUGGCAUGGAGGGCAAGAGCCCAUCUCAAAUAGGCGGGUUCUUGAGCAGCGCCAUGUUCUCGUGGCUCACGCCUCUUAUGGAUCUUGGGUAUAGUCGUCCCCUCGAGUUUGACGAUUUGUAUCAGCUCAAUCCCAACAACCGUGCACAGUACAUCUCGGCGGCGUUCCAGAAGAACUGGGCCAUUGAGGUAGCCAAGCCCAAGCCACGACUGUGGCUCGCCCUGGCCCGGUCGUUUGGCGGGCCAUUCAUCGUGGCUGGAUUCCUCCGACUCAUCACAGACUCGUCGCAGUUUGUUGGCCCCUUGAUGAUCAAGCUCAUGAUCGCAUUCCUGAGCGAUCGGUUAGCAGACGUGACCAUCGGGCUCUAUUACGUCCUCGCGAUCUUGCUUGCUGGGGUCAUCCAAUCGUUUUCGUUGCGGCAGUACUCCUUUCUGUGCUCUGAAACUGGCCUGCGCGUUCGAUCAGCCAUCGUGACCGCCGUGUACGACAAAUCGCUUGUCCUGGCCGCAUCUUCUCGCGCGAAAAAAGCUUACGGGUUCUCUCCAUGCAAUCUGGUUGCCCUGUACCAAAUGCUCGUGACCUCUUAUUUGCUCUACUUGCAGCUGGGCGUCGCAUACUUUGCCGCGUUCGCCAUCAUGCUAUUGCUCGUUCCCGCGACAACUACCGUGUCUACGGCGAUGCAGCGCCUCCAACGAGCCCUCAUGACCGUCAAAGACGGCCGAGUCAAGGCUGUGUACGAAGUUCUCAGUGGCAUCAAAGUGCUCAAGCUGCAGGCAUGGGAGACGUCGUUUGCGACCCGCGUGAUGCAGCUUCGCUCCAACGAACUCAACAAACUGCGAGCGUACGUAUUUGCACGGGGGGCGGCGACGAUGGUAUUCAACGGCGUACCGACUCUUGUGACCAUCGCAUCGUUCUUUGGGUACAUUUACAUGGGCCACAAGUUGGACGUCGGGACUGCCUUGACUUCACUCGCCCUCCUCAACAUUUUGCGCCCAAGUGAGUUUUGGACGGCUGGAAGAAUUCCUCCUCAUGGACGAGCGUGA